AUGCUGGAGACAGAUGCGGCGCAGAUGACCCCCAAGAUCUACAAGCUCUUUGCCAAGUGGGGCGUGAAGCUGUACCCCGUGAAGUGGGAUGUUCCUCCUGGCAUGAAGCACUACCCAAAGACGGACUGGUGCGGUCACCAGGACUUAAUUCGGCUCAACGUUCUUGGCAUCGAGGGCUACGAUGCCGUGGCCUACUUUGAUGGAGAUUGCGAGUUCCAGGGCGACAUCACGCCGAUGAUGCGCUGCGCUGCUACGGGACGAUUUCUGAGCACCAGCGGUGGCAUGGGCGAAGCGCUCAACGUGGGUUUCUUCGCCGUGCGACCCGACAAGCGCCUGGUGGAUGCUUCGAUCUACUUUGCUCGCGAGAACGCCUUCGAUCGCGAAACCGGAUGGGGCGGUGUCGGCUGGGCCCCCACUGGCGGCUACUACGUCGGUGGCGAGUGUGGGCAGGGCUUCUUCUACACGCUCUUCUACCGGCGGACGCCGAACAGCCGCCGAGCACUGGAGAGCGUGGGACUUUGGGACACCUUUCAGUCCGGGCAGCUGGACCGUUGCAUCUGGAAUUACCAGACCGCCAGCAACUGCGUGAACGACCUGGACUGCCGCCACGUCCGAGUUCAUCACAAGCCCACACGCGAGCGGGGCGCGCCCAUCGAGUGUGACAAGAUCAAGUUCAGGAGGCGACGUGAAGACCUCUUGCGCCGGCAGCACGAGGUGCGGAAACCGCCCACAGCGGAGGAGCUGCGCUUGGCUCGGGAAGGGAAGCUGCUAAAACACUUGGCGGGUCUUUGCCUUCGAGCGGCCGAGGAAGGAAGUGACGAAGAAACUACACUGCUGCUGCUCAGCUGCGACUUUCCUCCAGUUGAGCAGAACAUCCGCAUCGUCGACGACGGCACGGGUGGAGGAUUUGUUCUUCUGAAACAGGGUGGCCGGUGUGCGCACGCUGAGGGCGAUGAGGAUCCGGAGAUGGCGCCUUCAGAGCCCAAGAUUGGCUUUCCCGUGGACUGCGCUUCCUCCGCGGCGCACGUCCGCUUCCGGAAGCUGCCAUCGGGGGCGAAGCCCGGGAGCUUCGUUCUCCAGCAUGACUCUCAGCGCUGCGUCCAUCCCUACGAGGGUGCCGUGAAUCCUCGGGAGAAAACCGACUUGAUCCUGCAUCCAGAUUGUGACAAGGGUCGGCCAGCGCUUGCCUUCGUGGAGGAGGACUCCCACGGCUGA